AUCGCGGGCCCAAUUCGCUCUCUUCCCGCCGCCUCGCCCGCGACUUUCUUUCUUUCGCUUCGAUUGUCAGCUGGUCUGUCCCUUUUCCCCCUCCGACCUUGCGCCCUGGCGGUUUAAUUCUCAAACCCCACAAUCAAUCAAUCUCGCCCCUCCCAAUUUCCGCCCUACCGAAAACGAACCACGCGCCGCGAUCGAUCCAGCCUGGCGCCAUCGAAUCGAACCAGACGACUUACCUGCCUCGCCCGCUUUUUUAAGUUGGACUUGUCAUUGAUACACACAUACAACCCACGAAGCCCACGCCGUCGGAUCGUCCCGAAGGGCAGACGAACGACGAUCGCUAUUCCGCCCGCUCGACAACUGUCCCGUCCUCGCACGAGAGAUAGCCCCAUCUGUCACGAUGAGGUUAACUGCCGCGGCCCUCCUCGCCAUGGCCGCCUCCCUCGCCUCCGGUGCCGUUGUCAUCACGCCCGUCACGCAAAACCAGGUCGUCGACAGAGUCAGCGGUGACUGCUACUUUGGCGUCGCCACGCCCCAGGGCUGCGCACCCCUUCGCAACUAGGAAGCGACAACGACGACAAAUGAGAUACGCCUCCUCGACCGCCGCCUUGCUCUGUCGAAAAUCGGACUGGUCUUAAUCAAAUGGUUUUGAACAAACCCACAACACCAUGCUAGCGUAACCGCAGGCAACAGAACAACGUCUACAAGAAGCAGAAAACCAACCUGCCUCUGCUUAAGCGAAGGACCGCAUAGAAGAAGUCAGGAGGGGCGGGAGAGAAAGAUACGGGGAGAGACCAAGAGAGAAGACCUCGACAUGGGAGCGACGAGACGGGAGACACAAUCUCAUUUUGCAUCUGCAGCGAAGUAAUGACCACGACCACAAGUUUGCACGUCACGCCGGCUGGGUCUGGACUAAGCAACACCCCCCAUCCCUGCUUUUCUUCUUCUUUCUCACACAUAGACACACUCUUGGAACAUAUGCGCCAUGCCGGCCGCAACAACUUAUAUUACUGGGAAAUAGCGAAUGCUUGCCGAACACACG